AUGCCAUUAAAUCAAAUGGUUAGAUACGGUGUUUUCGGUAUAUACAUGCUAGAAGGUGCCACCAUAAUCAUUAUAAUAAUAUUUGCCGUGACUGCAAUCACUCGAAUUUCUGGAUUAGCAUGCAAAUAUGCAGUAAUUUUAAAUCAGCUUGUCGCACAAGCAGCUUCUGGAUUUGCACUUUUCGUCGCUGGUUUUGGUAGAACAAUUGUUUUGCUUGUAACUGAAAAUAAACCAGUAAGUCAGAGACACUGUGCUUUAAUGCCUUGGAAUAUACUUUUUGCAUGGUCAGAAGGAAUGACGGCUUUCGCUAUGGCGAUUGUUGGUACAGAUCGCUUAAUUUCGCUUGUAUUCCCACUCUAUUAUUUCAAACAUUCAAAUCGUUCUCAAAUAAUUCAGAUAGUUAUUGCGACUGCGGUAAUUACCGCGAAUCAAAUUUAUUUGACACUAGAUAGUUUAUCAUAUACAGAAGCGAAACAUGAUCGGCUGUGCUGGAUUCAGAGUAGUAUGAGUUGUCGCGAAAAGGAUAUAUUGUUUUACACGAAGGUUAUAGUCGGAUGUGUUGUAAAUAUUUGUGUACAUAUUUUGGUUGGCAUUAUUACUCGAAAAUUUUGGAAACGAACAAUAAUUCAAACUAAAGUAUAA